ACUCAAAUUUGCACGCUCAACACACACACACACACACACACUAGAAAACACUAGAAAACAAAAUUGUGAAUCGUGUGACCAGAGAUGGAGGGAGCGGCGGAGAAUUCUAACGGCGUCAAUGUCGAGGUUGUUGGAGACAGUGAAGACAAGAAAGAUUUCUAUGCCAAGCGGACUUCUCAACAAGAAGAAGAGAUCCCUCUUUACAUAGUUUUCAACCGUUUGAUUGCUGCGAUGUUCUUUCCAAGCUCAGCAUCUGCUCCUCUGCUUCGCCGGUCCAAAGCUGCUCUCUCCGAAAAUGUUCCUCUGCUUCGCCUUGCUACUAAGAAUACAGCUCGUCAUGUCCUCCUCUGGACUCGCCGUGGCUCCCCUCUCCGAGCCCUUCUCGUUGUUUCCGUUGGAACAAUUGCUCUUCUGGCUCUGACAGGACUUCUAGUUUUCAUGUUGUUCUUUGUUGCUGCAACUCUAAAUGCAGUUGUGAUAUCUCUUCUCAUGUCAUUAGCAGCAGCUGGAGGAUUCUUGGCUAUCUUCUUUGCUUCUCUUACAGCCAUCUACAUUGGUGCAUUGUCCGUUGCCGUGUUUGCUAUUUCUGCUACAACUAUAUCUGCAAUUAUUGCUGUUCUUAUUACCGCAGGUUGGAUCGGAUUCUUUUGGACCAUAUGGGUGGCAACACAGAAGGGAGUAGGUCUAGCAAAGCAAUCCUUGAAUGUGACAGGGUCCGUGGUCUCAGCAUAUUCUUCUGCUAGAGUUGCACGCCAGCAUGACUCACAAUCCAACAAGUUAGCAGAUUGAUGGGCUGGGGUCGAGAUAUUAGCUCGUGUUGUCUACACUGUUGCAUGCUGUAGUAGAUAAUACAUGUUUGAUCAUGUAGGUUUGUGGAAAGUAUGAGAUUGUUGCUUGGAGGAUUUUUGCUUUUUGUGUAAAAAGGAAGAAAUGGGAAAAAUAUCUCGCAUCUCUGCGUGGUACUUUGUACGAGUACACUCUCUUUUGUGCAUAUUUUGAUAGUAUGCUGGAGAAUGAUGCGGUAGAAAUGGUUUUUUUUGCUUGUAAAAUUUCUUCUUGUCUGGUAUUCUUAUUUCUUGA